AGGAGAUAUGGUGCUGCGGUGAAGGUGCCCGGAAAGGACUGAGUUCCAAACCAAGAGGAGAAGGAUUUCUUUCAAAGAGACAAGUCAAACCACUGCAAGGAGUGAGACCUUCCACCACCAUGAUGAAGGAAACCACUGAAAAUGUCUCUCUGGAUGAUGCCGGCUGGAGCCAGGUGACAUUCAAGGGCUUGCCAACCAAGACCCAGGAUGCUAUUUUUUCCUCUGAAGAAGAUAACAGUCUGUAUUUCACAUACAGUGGAAAAUCAAAUGUUCUCGAGGUCAAAGAACUCAAUUACCAGGUUAACACAGCCUCCCAGAUUCCCUGGUAUGAAAACCUUGCACAGAUGAAAAUGCCCUGGACCUGGAAAUCGGAUCCCCAUUCUCAUGUGCCAAUAAUCCAGAAUCUGAAUUUAAAAGUUCGAAGUGGUCAGAUGCUGGCUAUUAUAGGAAGCACUGCUGGUGGAAAGACAUCCUUGCUUGACGUGAUAACCUGCCGGGAUCAUGGAGGCAAAAUCAAGUCUGGUCAAAUCCUGAUCAACAACGAACCCAGCACUCCCCAGCUUGUUAGGAAAUGCAUAGCACACGUGCGGCAGGAUGACCGACUGCUCCCCCACCUGACUGUCAGAGAAACACUAUUGUUCGUUGCCAAACUGCGCCUUCCGAAGUUUUUUUCAGACUCACAAAGGAAAAAAAGGGUAGAAGAUGUCAUAGCAGAGCUGCGCUUGCGCCAGUGUGCAAACACCAGGGUAGGGAACGAGUUCCUCCGUGGCGUUUCAGGAGGCGAGAGGCGGAGAGUGAGCAUCGGUGUGCAGCUGCUCUGGAACCCGGGAAUACUCAUACUUGAUGAACCCACAUCUGGACUGGACAGUUUUACUGCACAUAACCUCGUGAUAACAUUAUCCAGACUGGCCAGGGGAAACAGAUUGGUUCUUCUUUCACUUCAUCAGCCUCGGUCAGAUAUCUUCCAACUGUUUGAUUUAGUUCUUCUGAUGACUUCUGGACUCACUGCCUAUUGUGGAACAGCUAAAGACAUGGUCCAGUAUUUCACAGAACUAGGCUACCCCUGCCCAAGGUACAGCAAUCCUGCGGAUUUCUAUGUUGAUUUGACCAGUAUCGAUAAACAAACUGCAGAAAAGGAAAUGGAAAGCCGAAAAAGAGCAAAUACUCUUGCCAACUUGUUCCUAGAAAAAGUCAAACAUUUCGAUGACUUCUUAUGGAAAGUUACUGAAGGAGACAAUGUUGUGACCACAGUCAGCAACCAAAGGUCCCAUUUAAAUUCAGAAGAGGCUAUCAACAUGCCUCACCAUUCAAGUGAUCAGUUACCAGGAGCCUUAAAGCAGUUCACUGUAUUAUUAAGUCGUCAAGUCUCCAAUGACUUCCGAGAUCUUUCAACGUUACUAAUCCAUGGACUUGAGGCCCUUCUUAUGUCAUUAUUAAUUGGAUUUUUGUACUAUGGCCAUGACAAAGAUGGACUCUCUAUUCGUGACACAACAGCACUGCUGUACAUGAUAGGUGCCCUAAUCCCAUUCACAAUAAUUCUGGAUGUUAUUGCCAAAUGCCAUUCAGAAAGAGCAAUGCUCUACCAUGACUUGGAAGGUGGAAUGUACUCUGUUAGCCCAUACUUCUUUGCUAAGAUUUUGGGGGAGCUUCCAGAACACUGUGCUUUUGUUAUAAUUUAUGGAGUUCCCACCUACUGGCUGGCAAACCUCAUUCCUGAACCAGAGCAUUUCCUGUUGAACUUCCUCUCGGUGUGGCUGGCUGUGUACAGUGCCCGUGCCAUGGCACUCUGGGUGGCAGCGCUGCUGCCGACCUUGCAGCUCUCGGCCUUCCUCGGCAACGUCCUUUUCACAUCGUUCUACCUGAGUGGUGGUUUUGUGAUAAGCCUGGAAGGUCUCUGGACAGUUCCUUUUUGGGUUUCUAAAAUCUCUUUCCUCAGAUGGAAUUUUCAAGGAAUGAUGCAAAUUCAGUUCACUGACCGGACAUACGAAAUGACUGUUGGAAACACUACUUUUCAAAUACCAGGGAAAUUUAUCAUUCAGUCUCUGGACUUGGACUCCCAUCCUCUCUACGUGAGCUACCUCGUCCUCAUUGGUAUCAUUUGCAGCUUCCUGCUUUUAUACUAUUUAUCUCUGCGCUUCAUCAAGCAGAAAUCAACCCAAGACUGGUAACAGCAGAGGAGGCAGCAGGUGACAGCGUACCUUGCAGGAAGGCAGGGGAAGAACGAGCCCAAUUUUGGUCCCCCCCGGCAGCCUCCCAGAAGAGGCGGGCGCCGGCAGCGCGGCUGCCACAGGAUGGCAGCAGAACCCCAGGAGUCGGGAUGCGGGCUGUGCUCCCCGCAAGGCUGCCACGGACCGCAGCUUCAGCCUGGGCUGGGGGUUCGGGGUGGGCUUUGGGCUUUUUGUUUGCUUGACACACGGUUUUCAUAGGUGACAGGGCAUUUAUGAGUUCUCCACACUUGGAUAUAUUCUGAGCUAUGGGCGACCGAUUUAAAAGGACCCGUUGCACAUUGUAAGAGCUGAUAUUUUAGUACAUAAUGUUUGAGCAUAUAGUGAUCACAUACUUAGUUCAAAGAACUGCGAGAGAAAAGGAUCAGAACACUGCUUUCUGUGGCAUAUAUGACAUUCAGCACUCACAAACACAGCACAGAGGAAAGCAACACAGAAGAUUUCACAGGUGCUUCAGGAGAACAUGUGCAAUGAUGGAAUAUAGAACUGUUAACUACUCUGUGUUAUUUCUAGUUCCUUAUGUAUUUUAAAGCUCUGCCUUUAUAUUCCAGUUAGAUGCUGAUGAUGCCCAAAAUAGGUAUUUGCUUACUUUAGAGACGAUAACAAUAAAAUUAUUUCAAAUACAUACUAAUUGAUUGCUAUUAACAACAUCUUUCUCCUUGGCAGUACAAAUCAUAGCAAUUCACCAAAUUUGCUUCCUAAGGUUCUCAGGUAGAAAAUACCAACCUGCCCCUGAGUAAUUAAAAAUCUAACAAUGAAAUCUAUUAAAUGCUUGCAAUUGUGCACCUAGUUUUGCUCAGAAAAUUAGUAUCAGUAAAUAAAUGGGCAUAAUUCACACACAGUCACAGUAAGUGCAUGUACAAAUUAGGUGUACAGUUGUGAGCAUUUUGUAAGAUUAGGUUGCUGCUUUUAAAUGUUUAGAUGCAUAUCUCUGUUCUUAUAUACAGAGACCCAAAGCAGAUCGACUACUUGACUUUCAUUUACAUGUUCCAUACAGUGGAAAACUCCUCCUGUAAUCGGCUAUAAUGACCCAGAUACUGUUACGUAAAUCCCAAGGUUUGGUUUGGCUUUUUUUUUUAAGAAUUAAGAAGGACAGAACAUCCAUAUUUUAUUGUUCAAUUUGGCAGUUAGGACUGCCACGUUACUUUCCACAGAUUCCACGAGGUAAUAUAUUCCCAGGAAGACCUCGGUCUAAAGAUAUUAAACAGGUCUGAUAAAGUAAGAUCUUCAGCCCUAGGCAGUAGUAGGAAUCCAAAACACUCCAUGGUUCUUCUAAGGCGAAUUCUACCAUAUCUUUCUGGUUCUGCAGUAUUUGAUUUCAAAAAACCCCACUUGAUCUGAUUUCAGUGCCAUUUUGAAAUUAUCAGAUUUUCAUUGCCUUUUAAUGGCAAAGCCAAUUCUUUCAGUCCAAUUCAGCAUCAUUAAAUUGUCAGAAUAGCAGCUUCCUGUUUGAUUCUUAAUUAUUCCUUUUUAUUAUAUUUAAGACAUUUAAUUUUUUUUUAAUGGUUUACUCUUCCUUGUAAUGAUCUGUUGUGAUUAGAAUCUCUUUUAUAUUACACUGAAGUUUUAAGGGUAUAUAUUGGUACUUCUAGUCUAAACCUCUAUUUUCAAGGUAUUUAGAGGAUUAAAUUCUAGGCUGACUCUCUGUUGUGAAUUCACUUUGAUGUUUAAUAAAAAAAAAAAGGAGAGACACAAUGGGAGAAAUUAAAGACAUAAGGGACAGCUCUGAAUUUUAGGGGCAUAUUGUCAUGCACAGAAAUCUUCAGGCAUCUAGAUAAGAAUAUACCAUAGCCUUAACUUUGAAUUUCCUUCCUUUUGUGAAAUUAGUCAGGCUGCUGACAUUACUUAAACAGCCUUUUUCAAUUUAAAAUUCCACCCUCUUAACAUUAUGCAGCAGGACCAAACGGUGUGAGUGUUUCAGAGGUGGUGUUAUGACAAGGGUAGAUGUAUACAUAAUGGGGACUUGAGCAGUGAGCCGAGGAACAGCCAGCAUGUGGAGUGGAGGAAGAGCUAUCAUAGGAGGUGGCCAGGCCUCUGUUUACAUAGAAAAAGCUCAUAUUCUAUAUACUACAAUUACAUUAGCACACUGCCUAUGAUCAUAUCUUGUUUCCUUGAUGCUGAGAGAUGGGGAAUAUAGGCUGUGAUUAUUGUUACAGGCUUUAGCAAUAAGAAGGUAGGAGCCUUGAAAUACCAGCAAUUAGCGUUCGUGCCUAACAAUAGCAUGCUGUGGGGCUGUGUACAGAGAAGAGCACAGGGAAGAGUGGGUGGAUGACACACAACCUGCCCCACUCGCGCUACCAGGAGUUGCAAAUAGUGCAGGUUUAGGGGAAUUAUGCAUCUCUCAGCCAGUGAAGCUCAUGCCGUAUGCUUUGGCCUCUACUCACACUUCCACAGUGGAGCUGCUGCUGCUGCAAAAUCAAAUGGUCAGCGAGGCAACAGAGAUCUUCCCACGAGUUCUAAUCAAGUGUGCCGCUUUCAGCUGGGGUAGAGUUAAUUUUCUUCACAGUGGCUGGUAUGAGGCUGUGUUUGGGAUUUGUGCUGAACACAGGGUUGAUAACACAGAGAUGUUUUUGUUACUGCUGAGCUGGACUUACACAGAGCCAAGGCCUUUUCUGAUUUUCGUACUGACAUGCUGGCAAGGAAGCUGGGGGUGCAUGAGAGGCUGGAAGGAGACACAGGCAGGACAGGUGACCCGAACUGACCAUAGGGGUAUUCCAUACCGUAUGACAUCAUGCUCAGUAUAUAAAGCUGGAGGAAAGAAGGAAGGGGGGUUUUGGAGUGAUGGCAUUUUGUCUUCCCGAGUAACCAUUACACAUGAUGGGGCUCUGCUCCCCUGGAGAUGGCUGAACACCUGCCUGCCCAUGGGAAACGGUAAAUUAAUUCUUUUGCUUUGCUUGUGUACAUGGCCUUUGCUUUCUUUA